AAUUUUCAGUGGUUGAAGAUAAAAAUUUUCUCCAGAAGGCUAUUACUUUUUUUUCUCGCUAUGACGUCAUCAAAAUUAUGUGACUCUACGUGUCCAUAUAUUUGAGCAUAGCUCUCUUGUUUAUAUAGAAGGGAAUUAUAGGGUACAGCUUGGUUUUGACCAUCUUUUGCUGGUAAUAAAUUCUGUUUCCGAUUUGCUAAGGCUGUAUUAUUGACUUUACUAGUGGAAAUGAGUGAUGACCCUCUGUAAUUCAGUGAUUAUUUAUCAAUUGUGAUUAUCUCGUGAUAAUGUUAUUUGUUUGAUAACAUGGUAAGAUGCUGCCAAUAAGCAUUUAAAAUGUAAAUAUGAAUUUGCUUUUUAGACAUCUAUUUACUAGUUGCCUAAUAUUGUUCGAUCAGCUAAUUACUCACAGCAACAGAAAGUGUUAAUGCUAACUUCUGUGUGAAGACCGACAAAAUUCAGACUGACUUCUGAUCAUGCCUAAGAAAAAAACUGGGGCUCGUAAGAAAGCUGAAAAACAGGGUGAGCGACAGAGGCAAAUAAGAAAUGCUAAAGAUACAAUCGACCUUGGACUUCAUCCUUGCAACUUCACAAUUGAAUGUGACAAAUGUGCCCACAAACAACGAAAUCGGGCUUUUUGUUAUUAUUGCAGGGCAGUACAAAAGCUCCCUAUUUGUGCACAAUGCGGAAAACAAAAAUGCAUGAAAUCAUCAGACUGUACCAUAAGGCAUCCAGGCCAGCAUGCCACAGGAAUGAAUAUGGUUGGGGCUGUUUGUGAUUUCUGUGAAGCUUGGGUAUGCCACGGAAGAAAAUGUCUUCAGAUACAUGCUUGUGAAUGCCCUCUUACAAAUGCAAUAUGUUUAGAAUGCAGUAGAGAUGUUUGGUCACAUGGAGGUAGAGUGUUCAGAUGUUCAUUCUGUGCUGGUCAUUUGUGUGAAGAUGAUCAAUUCGAGCACCAGGCAUCGUGUCAAGUACUAGAUUCAGAAAGCUACAAAUGUGCUUCGUGCAAUAAAUUAGGACAAUUUUCGUGUAUGCAGUGUAAGGUGUGCUAUUGUGACGAUCAUGUUAGACGAAAAGGCUUUAAAUAUGCCAAAGGCGAGCCACUACCUUGUCCGAAGUGCGGUUAUGAAACUAAGGAAACCAAAGAUUUGUCAGUUUCUACAAGGCGGUAUAAAUUUGGAAGACAAAAGGAUUACGAUGAUGAUGAGGAUUACCAGCCAUACUUCAGCUAUGGAACAGAUCGAUUCUCUUCUAUGAGUUUACAAGAAGAUGAUGAUUCCUCAGAUGAAGAAGAAGAAAGUGACCAAGAUUCACCAUAGAUCAAUUUAUUGUGCGGAAAAUAUUGCAUAUAAUACAAUUUUCAAUUGCAGACAGACACUAGGAAUGUGUCAAUAAAAUUUACCACAAAGGUC